AUGAGCCACGGGCUUUUACGUGCUGUACAGAGAUACUCACACACGUUGGCACUCUUGGAGACUUCGGGCUCUAAAGUCACACCAAGCUCGUUGUCUGCACUCACAGCAGCCAAGGAAAUCAAAAAGCCAAUUACUGCGUUACUGCUUGGUCCAGAUGCUGCAAGUGCAGCUCCAAGCGUUGCUGAGCUUGAAGGGAUUGAAAAAGUUUUAGUGCAAUCCGAUGAACGUUACGAACACUAUCUACCAGAGCAAGUUGCACCAUUAGUUGUUUCGUUAAUAAAGGGUGAAAAUGACAAGGUUAAAGACGUCUCAUCUUUUGUUGUUGCAGCAAGUGCAAUGGGUAAAGGUGUCAUUCCAAGAGCUGCUGCUGUUCUUGACGUCCAACCAAUUUCCGAUGUCAUCAAGGUUAUUGAUCCAAAUACGUUUGUAAGACCAACCUACGCAGGUAAUGCCAUACUAACGGUGAAGACAGCUGAUAAGAUAGUAAUGACUUCUGUUCGUGGCUCUGCAUUCCCUGCCACUGAGGAAAAGUCUGCUUCCGCUGCUCCUAUUGAAGAAAUAGCACCGAUCGAUGCCGAUUGUAAGACUACUUGGGUCAGUGAACAACUAAUGAAAAGUGAUAAACCGGAUUUAUCAUCUGCCAAAAUCGUCGUCAGUGGUGGACGUGCUUUGAAGGACAAGGAGCAUUUUGACAGCUUGUUAAACCCACUUGCAACCAAGCUUGGUGCUGCUAUCGGUGCAUCACGUGCUGCCGUCGAUGACGGAUACUGUGACAACUCUUUACAGGUGGGGCAAACCGGUAAGAUUAUUGCACCAGAUCUCUAUAUUGCUAUCGGUAUCAGCGGGGCGAUCCAGCACUUGGCCGGUAUGAAGGAUUCCAAGGUCAUUGUUGCCAUCAAUAAGGACGAAGAAUCCCCAAUUUUCAAAAUCGCCGACGUAGGUCUGGUUGGAGAUCUGUUCACCAUCGUUCCUGAACUUACCGAAAAGUUAUGA